CCAACUACAAACUGAUCUACACAACCUAGCUAAAUGGGAAGAAAAGUGGGGGAUGUCCUUCCAUCCGGAAAAGUGCAGCAUCUUGCGGGUUCACAGGAAGAGAUCUCCAACUGUACACGAUUACAAACUUAAGGGCCAUACAUUAGAAACAGAAGACUGUACAAAAUACCUUGGUUUGAACAUCUGUACCAACCUCUCCUGGGACACUCACAUCAGUAAGAUCGCUAAGAAGGGCAACUCAACCUUGGGAUUUCUUCGACGCAAUCUACGUAUCUCAAGUGAAGAAACGAAAGCCCGCGCCUACAACGCUCUAGUGCGCCCACAACUUGAGUAUUGCUCAACAGUCUGGAACCCCUACACCAAAACACACAUUAGGAGGCUUGAAAUGGUUCAGAGAAGAGCUGCAAGGUAUGUGACAAAACGCUAUCACAACACCAGUAGUGUAACAUCCAUGCUGGAAGAUCUUGGAUGGGAGACCUUAGAAUCGCGUAGGACCAAGGCACAACUGACCAUGAUGUAUAAGAUCGUGAACAACCUGGUCGACAUACAAGCUGAUUCCUACCUCACUCCCUCCAACCGCUCCACAAGAACCUCUAACAACAGGAACUUUACACAGAUAUCAACUUCUACCUCUUACUACAAGUUCUCCUUCUUUCCACAGACCAUCACAGAGUGGAACAAGCUACCAUCAAGCAUUGUUGAAGCCCCAGACUUGGUAUCCUUCAAGCAGGGGCUGUCCACCGUCUUCUCCUAA